AAAUCUCGGAUCAGUUUUUACAGUGAUUGCAGCGAGCGAGGAGGUGGCACGAGCGGCUCGGUCCGAAGAAUAGCGCGAGUGUUGUCGAACGGGAUCGAAUUGCGUGACGAUUGGGGACGUUUUGGGUGAUUUUUUGUGUUGCGCGAGGAACAGUUAUCUGCAUUUUUUACUGGGAAAGUGACUUGAUAAGUGGUGUUAGGUAGUGUGAAAUACAAAGAAGACGAUUCAGUGGAAAGGAUUACCGGGAUUCAUCUGACAUAUAAAGUGAUUGGAGUGCCUAACGGAACAGUUGAAGUGGAUUUUGGAUAUUUGACGAUCAGAAUGAACAGUUGCUGACGAGUUCGAGAACAAUUUAAGUGACUUCAGCAGUGACCCAUCAAGAAAUGCAGAACUUCAGCUCAAUCAUGGCCAGUUCGUUGGUUCAACAUCACCAGCAGCAACAGCAACAUCAGUCGCAGCAACAACAGUCUAGUGGAAACAGUUGGUACGAUAUGACCAUCAAGUCGGAACCAAUGGAAGCAUCGAAUAACUAUGGUCAGCAAUACCCAAGUCAUCAUCAUCUUCAUCACCACCAUCAGCAGGAUACUCCGAUGACCCACUCGAGUCCGACAUCUCCCCAAAGCGUAGACAGCAUGGACUCCAUGAGCAGUCGGGGUCAGUAUUACGAGACAAAGCCUUCGAACGGGGUGAUCCACGGGUUCAACCCACUCGGAUUCAAUCCGUUAACUCCUCCCGGAUACGCUGGAUUGUUUGUUCCACCUCAAACGCAAUUAGCGAGGCAGACAACUCCUAAUCGAAGUUAUGUUAAACAAGAAUCCAGCUACGUAACAUCUACGCUUACUCCAACGCACACCCCGCCUAUGGACGUAACUCCACCGAAGUCCCCUAAAGAGAGUGCUGGAACUCCAGAAAAGGAGGACGAUAACGGUUCAGAGUGCGGAGAGUCCUACGAUGGCAGCGAAGACGAAGAUGGAAUCAGGAAGCCGAAAAUCAACUCCCACGGCAAGGUCAAGAAGUUUAAAUGCAAACAGUGCGAUUUCGUAGCAGUGACAAAGCUCAGCUUCUGGGAACAUACCCGAGGUCACAUCAAACCAGAGAAGAUGCUGACCUGCCCUAAGUGUCCUUUCGUAACUGAGUACAAGCACCACCUGGAGUACCACCUGAGGAAUCACCAGCGAUCCAAACCAUUCCAAUGUCCCAAGUGUAGCUACAGUUGUGUCAACAAGUCUAUGCUCAACUCCCAUAUGAAAUCCCAUUCCAACGUGUUCCAGUACCGCUGCGCUGACUGCAACUACGCCACCAAGUACUGCCAUUCCCUCAAACUACACCUCCGGAAGUACUCCCACAAACCGGACGUAGUUCUAAACCUGGACGGAACACCCAAUCCGCUGCCCAUCAUCGACGUCUACGGCACCCGCCGAGGGCCUAAAACCAAAUCACAAAAAACUCAACCUCAAAAACCAGAAAACCACCAACCACAACUCCCCGCCCAAACCCCACUAACUCCCCAGUCCCUCCAAACCAACCCCAUCCAAUCGGCCUUCACUCCUCCCAGCUCCCAACCCACAAACCUCUCACGAACCCUCCUCCCGCACCAACUGCUCCCGAACCCUCUGGCCAACAUGUUCAAAAACGCCGCCUCCAACAACCUCUCCCUCUUCCCGUACCUUAACCUCAACUUUCAGAUGUUCGCCGACCAGCAAGCCGCCAUGGCCCAACUCUCGCCAAACUUCCACCAGCACCUCUCCUCGCACCUCACCGACAAACUCACCAGCGAAGACUCCUCCGAACCACCCUCCAAGUCCUCCUCUAUCUCCCCAAGCUCUCCCCUCCGUAACCCAUCCACCACCCUCAGCGAGGAACUCCUCAAGCAAAUCACGGCCGCCGCCGCCGACAGUUCCAACCUGAAAUCCUCGGAAACCGACUCCGAACCUGCGCCUCCCCCUCCCGAAGACCUCUCCGCACCUCAAACACCCCCCACCAAGUCCACUCCUGUCCCACCACCCUCCCUUCCCACCAGCUCCGGCAAAAGCCGCCGCAAAGGCCGCGCCUUCAAACUCGAGCGCCUGUCCGACUUCACCAAGGCCCUCGAGUCCGCACCCGCCCCUAUGGACCAAUCAGACGACGAACAUUCCAACACUUCCACCGCCCUAAAUCCCCCUUCCCAUCCCCCUUCCACCAUGGUCGACACCUCCGUACAAACCUGCCCGGAAACACCCCAUCCACCUACGGCUCGAACCUUCGAGUGCAAGUACUGUGACAUCAGCUUCCGGGACGACGUCCUCCACACGAUCCACAUGGGCUACCACGGGUACGACGAGGUUUUCAAGUGCAACAUGUGCGGCGAACGGAGCGACGACCGGAUCGGGUUCUUCCUGCACAUCGCGCGGAAGGCCCACUGAUCUAGUCUCUCUAGUGUUGUUGUGGCGGAAAUCCAACGAUCGAAGAAGCAGAAGACUGAAACCUGUUCUAGUUGUUA